AUGGGGACAGAUAGAGAAAAGCUUAUUGAAGCCAAGAGUUAUCUUGAUUUGGAAACCGGAAGAGACUUAGAACGAUACGUCCACUCCAAGACAUACCGAGAUCUUAAGAAUUGGGAAGAAUUGAAACAGUAUUUUAGGAAGGUCUAUUCCACAAAUCAUCCUAGUAAUUUACUCGAUCCUGAUGAUCCAGUAGAAGAUACUGAAGAAGUUGAUCCUACAGUCGUCAUUGAUCCAGAUGAUAUUCCAAACGGUGUGGUGUCACUAGUUCCUGCAGAUGAUGACUCAGAUGUGGACCCAGUUGAUCCUUCAGCUGAUGUAACAGUAGAUCCUGCAGAUGAGGUUGGCUCAGUAGUUCCUCCAGAUGAUAUGGAAACAGUAGAUUCUAAUGAUGAUGGGGAGAUUGUAGAUUCUGCUGAGAAUAUUGAACCAGUUGAUCUUCCAGAUGAUCUUGAGCCAGUAUAUUCACCAGAUGAUGAUGUACCAGUAGAUCCUGUGGACGAUGUUGAACCAAUAGAUGUUCUAGAUGAACUUGAGGUAAUAGAUUGUGAGGAGGAUGUUGAACGAGCUGACCUUUCAGCUGGUGUGGUGACAGUGGAUUUUGUAAAGGAUGUUAAACCAACUGAUUCUAAAGAAGGUGUUGAACUAACAGAGAGUGUGGAGGUUGUUGAAUUAGAUCUUGAGGGGGCUGUAGAUUCUGCAAAUGAUGCUGAAUCAGCAUAUCCACUAGAUGAUGUGGUAUCAGUAGAUCCUUUAGAAUAUGUUGAGUCAGUAGGUGCUCUAGAUGAUGGGAAGGAUCCUGAAUCAGUAGAUGCUGUGGGUAAAGUGGAGCUAAUAGAUUCUGUGGAGAAUGUUGAACCUGUUGAUCCUUCAGCUGGUAUGGUGACAGUAGAUUUUGUUGAGGAUGUUGAAACAUUAGAUCCUAUAGGUGAUGUAGAAGAAUUAGAUUUUGUAGAUGUUGUUGAAUCAGUAGAUCCUGAAGGUGAAGUAGAUUCUGCAGAUGAUGCUGAAUCAGCAUAUUCUCCAGAUGAUUUGGUAAUAGUAGAUCCUUUAGAAGAUGUUGAAUUAGUAGAUGCUCUAGAUGAUGGGGAGGUAAUAGAUUCUGCAGUUUGUGUUGUAUCAGUAGAGCCUGGAGAUGAUGUGGAUACUGCAGUGGAUGUUGGCUUAGUAUAUUCUCCAGAUGGUGCUGAGAUGAUAUGUCCUGCAGAUGUUAAAUAA